ACCGCCACCACUUUUCCACCCUCCUCUGCUACUGUUCGGCACUAAUCAAUUAGUUAAAAUCCCCAUCGCCGCCUCCUCCUCGAGUAUUCAACUCUUACCUGAGACCAUCAGCGAUCCGCCAAACCACCAACCCACCGGAUUAGAGCGCGCAUGGCUGAUCGGCACGGCUGCUGAGCGGCGGUGGCGGCGGGAGGGAGGAGAUGCCAUUGCUGGCGGGGAGGCCGGGGUCGUGGGGUGGGCUCGUGCUGCGGGUGGGGCAGGCGAGCUUCGCCGCCGGCUGCAUCGGCGUCAUGGGGUCCUCGUUCGGAUUCGCAAGCUACACCGCCUUCUGCUACUUGAUUGCAUCAAUGGGACUACAAACAUUGUGGAGCUUGGGACUUGCAUGUCUUGAUGGAUAUGCCAUUAAAGCCAAAAAGGAUCUCACCAGCCCGAUUCUAUUGAGCUUAUUUGUCGUUGGAGACUGGGUGACAGCAAUUUUGUCAUUCGCUGCAUCAUGCUCAGCUGGUGGUGUAGUAGUUCUAUUCGAAAGGGAUGUGCUUUUCUGCAGAAGGUAUCCCCAACUCCCUUGCGGAAGAUAUGGACUCGCCACAGCGUUUGCUUUCCUGUCUUGGGCACUCAGUGCUACAUCAGCCCUAAUCAUGUUUUGGCUCCUGGCAGCGUUCUGAUUCUAUGUAUAAUCUGGUGUUAGUGAUGUUUAUAGCAUCUUUUUCUGUUCUUUUUCUUUGUAGAUUUUAUAAAGGAUAAUUUUCAAGACCACAAAUUAGCAAACCACACAAUCCAAAAAUGGAAAUGUUGGGAUCAUGUAAAGUCCAUGGAGUGAGCAUGACUAAUUACUGGAAAUUGCUGAUAGAAGCUUUGCUUCAGAGAUGCUGAUGA